AGGGCUGUGUGGAGGAGCGUUGCUGGUUGUUUGAUAACGCUUAUGGUGACUUAACGGGUCAUUCUCAGCGGAACGGUGAACAUAAAAAAUCCAAUGGAGAUCAGGCCUCUGUUGAUUUGCUUUGUGCUGUGCGUGGUCUAUGCCAGCAGCAAGCCCACAGAGAAGAAAGACCGUGUGCAUCAUGAUGAGCCAUUAAGCAGCAAGGAACACAAUGAUGGAGAGAACUUUGACUAUGACCAUGAUGCCUUUCUCGGUGAGGAGGUGGCCAAAUCUUUCAAUGAUCUAACUCCAGAGGAGAGCAAGCAUAGACUAGGCAAAAUCGUGGAUAAGAUUGAUGAUGAUGAGGAUGGUUUUGUUACUGAGGAUGAACUGAAGGCGUGGAUUAAAAAGGCACAAAAGAAGUACGUCUAUGAAAAUGUAGAGCGGCAGUGGAAAGAUUUUGACAUGAACAAUGACGGCAUUAUUGCCUGGGACGAGUACAAGAACGUCACGUAUGGCAGCUACCUCGACGACCCUGAGCCAGAUGAGGGCUACAAUUACAAGCAGAUGAUGGCCCGUGAUGAGCGACGCUUCAAGAUGGCAGACAAAAAUGGAGAUGGCAUUGCGGAUAAAGAGGAGUUUACUUCUUUUCUUCACCCUGAGGAAUAUGAACACAUGAAGGAUAUUGUGGUGCUGGAAACCAUGGAGGACAUUGAUAAGAAUGGGGAUGGUUUUAUUGACCUGGAGGAGUAUAUUGGUGACAUGUACAACCACGAAGAUGAGAUGGAUGAACCAGAAUGGGUAGCUACAGAGCGUGAGCAGUUCUCCGAGUUCAGGGAUAAGAACAAGGAUGGCAGGAUGGACAAGGAGGAAACAAUGGACUGGAUUUUACCAGCUGAUUAUGACCAUGCAGAGGCAGAAGCCAAGCACCUGGUUUAUGAGUCAGACUCCAACAAGGAUGGCAGACUGACCAAAGAAGAAAUACUCAACAAGUAUGACCUUUUUGUGGGAAGUCAAGCAACUGACUUUGGAGAAGCAUUAGUACGACAUGAUGAGUUUUAACUUUUGUUUGUAGUUGACUAGCUAAAAAAUUUUUAUCUUUAUUUGUCACUUUAAAAAUAACAGGGUGGUGACUGAUUUAUUUCAUAUGACACUAAAGCAGCAUUAAAAGAAAGUAAACUCUUGUGUGCACAGUCUCUUGUGCACAGUGUUUUUACUUCUCUCUUGGUUUUAUGACCUAAGAUCAGUGUUUCAAGAUGAAAAUAAUUUACAUUAGUAUUGUGUAUGAUUUUGGAGGCAUUACCAUAAAUGGAAAAGUUUAGGAUUGUUACCCUAAGUGUCACACUGCUAUGUUAAGACUGAACAAAUGGAGCCUGCACUAGUUUUUGUGCUUGUUUUCUUGCACCAAUUUUUUAGACAGUCCAGUGUUAAUGAUACAUUCUCACUGUGCCUUUUAUUUUAUAUUUUUAUUUUUAAAUGAUCAUGUAGUCAUUGACUUGUCUAGUUUCUCAUGGUCAUACUAUAACUGAAAAAAACAGUGAGAAUUGUCUGUGUAUUAGAAGCAGGUUUAGUUUAUUCCAAAGAUAAACAGGAAUGCGUUUUGCUGAAAAUGUGCUGCCGUCAGUCCUUGAUCAUGCUUAACACACCAUGAUUGAACUCACUGCAUGAUUUCAGUUGGAUUUUAAUAUGCUGUACAUUACUGGGGUCCAGUUUGGAACAAUGUUUUCUAUAUGUAUAUGCACACAAAACACAAUGUAUGAUUUUCUAAAUAUUUGAAAUGACAGCAGUUUCUCAUUAAAAUAUUAUUAAAUACACUAAA